CGAAACUGGAACUACAAAACAUAAAACAUGAACACGGGUUUCUCUUAACGUCGACAUCAUCACUUACGGUCCCAUACUCCAUUUCUUAUCAAACACAACGAAUGAAUCCAGAACUUAACAAAUUUCUUCUAGUGAACCUACUACAUACACUAGAGGGGAAAAAAAAAGAACGUAAAAAGGGCUCAUUAGAAGUUCUUAAUGGGCCUACGGUCAGGCCUAUAAUUGAAUUCAACUUUUUAAUCUCUCACUCAACCCUAAAUUAAAAUGCUUCUCUUUUUUUUUUUUUUUUGUAUCAUGAUGCUCCUCUUCUUCUUCUUCCUCGGUUACAACGGCACCGGAGACUUCGAUGAAACGAUCGUCGCCGUCGAGGUCGUCCAUUAUGAGUGUGAUGCGGAGUUCCUCAAAUCAGUUGACGGUGGCCGAACAUCGAAACAGUCGGUUCGGUUUUCCUUGAGUUCCCACCGAGACUACCCGUCACUGGAUCCUCGCUCUCAAGGGCGCCGCCAUUUGUGCGAUUGCGAAUGGCGAGAGGAUUAAUAAAACAAGGGGCCCAAAGUCCAGUAAAUAUGAAAGGCCCAUCAGGAUCCAAAGGAAGAAUUCAAAACAUGUGUUACUACUACUCUCUCUCUCAUCAUCGCGCCAAACUCAAACGCAGAGAGGCAGUUACAUUUUCGAAUCUUCUGCUCCUCCUAGAUCGAUUUGCUUUUCCGAGAUGAAGAACCGUGAAAUUGAACCAUCACUAGGUCUUCCGGCGCCGGAACAAGUAGCUCCACCGCCUGAAUCUUUGACCACCAGUCGCGCUUCGCUUCUCGACACCACCGCUAGCUCUUCCCUUCUUGUGGAGCUGCUCAAGUCGCACUCUUGUUCCUUCUGUUCCGGGAUGGAGAAUCCUGAAUUUGAACCAUCAGUAGAUCUGCCGGUGCCGGAACAAGUAGCGCCACCGCCUAUUUCUUCGAUCACCAGUCGCGCUUCGCUUCCCGGCACCACCGCGACCGCUCGCUCUUCCCUUCUUAAGGAGUUGCAGAACCUCUGGAUCGAUAUUGGUGAAAGUUACAAUGAGAGAGUUAAGAUGACGCUAGAACUUGAGCAGGAAUGUCUGGAUAUAUACACUAAGAAGGUUGAGGAAACUCGCAAGUACAGAGCUGAGUUACAGCGUUCGUUAGCUGAAGCCGAAGCUGAAGUUACUAGCCUCACGUCUGCACUUGGUGUACAAGUUUCGUUUUCAUGGAAAGCAGGCACUUUAAAACAUCGCAUCUCCACUAUAAAGCCUGUACUGGAAGAUCUGCGGCUAAAGAAAGAUCUAAUAUGGAAAGAAUUCUCUGUGAUACUGACACAAAUAGCAGAGAUCUCUUCUCACAUAGCAGGAAAUGAUUAUCCUGGCAACUCUGCCGAAUUGACCCAAAUAAAUUUGGAUGGACUUAGAGCACAUCUGCAAUAUCUUCACAAUGAAAAGGCUGCCCGGCUGCAGAAAGUCAACUCUCAUCUCAGUGCUAUCCAUGAGUUGUCAGAGAUAAUGUCAUUUGAUUUCCCUGAGGCCUUGAUUAAAGUCCAUAAAAGCUUGACCGGGGUAUCAAAAAGCAUCUCUGAUGUUACUCUUGCUAGAUUGACAAAACUUGUAGAGUCUCAGAAGAAGGAGAAAUGUCGGAGGCUGUUUCAGUUACGGGGUUUGUUAAGAAACAUGCAUGAGCUGUGGGAGCUAAUGAAAACACCUGUGGAUGAGAGGAGAAGAUUUGACCGUUUGAGUAGUUUACUCUCUCAUGCAGCUGAUGAUGCCUUGGAAAAAGGCUGCCUCGGUCUGGACAUUGUUCGGGAGGCUAAAGAUGAAGUGGAAAUACUGAAUGCCCUGAAGGAAAGCAUGGCCAUAGACAGGACACGGGUGUCUGAUCCAGCAGAGCAGCUACAGCCGGGAAAACAAGUGAUCCUGCAGGGAGAACAACCAGCUAAUCCAGAUGCACAGGGAGAAGGCUGCAAACAGAUAGAUGAGGCCAACGCCUGUGAGUUCGUGGGGUAUGCGGUUAGGAUGAUAGAAAGUUGGAAGGAACCAUUUCAGAACAGUGGUAAUGAAAGGUCUCUAAAAGUUCUUGAAGACUUCCAGAAGCUCUUUGCAAGCUUUUACUCUCUCCCAGAAAUAGAGGAGCAUAUGUCAGCCACUUACGGUAGUGCAGCAGCUGCAGCUACGGUGAUACCAUACUUUGAGAACAUUGUAAAGUCUGCCGGUGGUCUAGAUAUUGGUGCUGAUGAGUAUAAGAGGUAUUCUCUAGAACGUUCUCGGCAAAGAAGAGAGUCAAGAGACAAAGAAGAAAAUGGAGAGAGGAAAAGUAAAGAGGAAGAAAUUGGGAUAGAGGAAAUUGGUUAUAGCGACAGGUAAAUGUACAAGAGGAAGGAAGAAAGUGAACAGUUGAGAUGCAGGUAUAACAAUGAAGAGAGAUAUAUGAAGAGGAGUCAAGAUGGAGUUUGAUGGAAAACAAAAAGAAAGAAGAGAAAUUGCAAGUCUGUCUCCUGCAAGAUCUUGACACAAAAUUGUAAUGCAAGCCAGAGUGUUUCCAUAUUACAAUAACAUUUUGUCUCAAGAAACUUGUUACUAUAGUAAUAAGCAGACACAUUGCAGAUUAUCAUGAAUAUUGUAACCUCAGUUGCAUUGUCCCUCAGUCAUUCCCUCUGUUUAUAUAUAGCUUUUGCCACUGCACAUAAAAAGAUAUGGAAUGUGAGUGAUUUGCCAACCCGUUGCCAUUUCAGGAGUUGUUGUACUAAA